CAUUUGCCGGAAUCUACAGUGGUCACCCUGUUCCACACGUGCAAUAUUUACGAAAUAUGCGCAAUCUGAAGCUGAAAUAUUGCAAGGAGCUGGAUGCAGUGGCUCAUCCCCGCCAGCUGCUACUGCAGCCGGAACUGAACGGCGACACCGCGGACACAGCCUUCGUGGUGGCCGACGACAAGAUAUUCGCCGUUCAGGAAUCCGGAAAUGUGCGAUCAAAAGUCAUUGAUUUGCCGGACAUUGUGGCUGCGGAGUUCCUGCAGCUGGACAAUGCGAUCUGCGUGGCCAGUGGGGCAGGCGAAGUGCUCCUGGUUGAUCCCCAGACGGGUGCCACCAAGGGCGAGGGAACCUACUGCGACGUGGGCAUCGAGUGCAUGUCGUGGUCGCCCAAUCAGGAAGUGGUGGCCUUUGUCACUCGCACCCACAAUGUGGUGCUGAUGACCAGCACAUUUGACGUGAUCGCCGAGGAGCCACUGGACGCAGAGCUGGCGCCGGAUCAGCAGUUUGUCAACGUGGGCUGGGGAAAGAAGGAGACGCAGUUCCACGGAACUGAAGGAAAGCAGGCCGCUAGCAGACUGGAGGUGAUUCCACGACAACCAGACAGCGAGGAGCUUAAUCAGGUUUGAUGUAACAUUUCCUGGCGCGGCGAUGGAGCCUUUUUCGUUGUGUCUUAUGUGUCCGCCCAGCUGGGACGCACUUUUAAGGUAUACGACUGCGAGGGAAAACUCCAUCACACAGCCGAAAAGAGUGCCAAUCUUAAGGAGGUGGUGGCCUGGCGACCUGCAGGCAACUGGAUUGCGGUGCCCCAGCGUUUCCCCAACAAGUCCAAUGCUCUCUUCGAGAAGAAUGGCUUAAGGCAUCGCGAGCUAGUGCUUCCCUUCGAUAUUCAGGAGGAACCGGUGGUGCAGUUGCGUUGGAGCGAGGAUUCCGACAUACUGGCCAUUAGGACAACGACCAAGGAUGAGCAGCGUGUAUAUCUGUAUACUAUAGGCAACUAUCACUGGUACCUCAAACAGGUGUUGAUUUUUGACCAAGCGGAUCCAAUGGCACUGAUCCACUGGGACACGCGAAUUGGCGAACACACACUGCAUAUUCUCAAGGAAAGUGGGAAAAGGUUGAUCUACAGCUGCUUUGCCGUGGAUCGUUACGAGCGUAGUGGUGUCGUCGGAGUCAUCGAUGGCAAGCGACUGCUGCUCACAGAUUUCGCCUGGGCCGUAGUACCACCUCCCAUGUGUCAGAAAUUUCUUCAACUGGACAACUACAUCAACGCCUUUACCUGGUUCGAGACCAGCUUGUGUGUGUACACCUGCGAUCGUCGGAUGUUCUACGAACCAAUGCAACAGUUGGGCGGACACGAACCACAGUCCAGCCUUCUUAUGCCGGAUGCAGAGCUUUCCCGUUUGACACUAGCCAAUCUCACCUACUUUUCGUGUGAUUACCUGCUGGCCACGCACAGCUCAGGAGGAUCCACACGCCUUCUACUGCUGAACAAAGAGGCCGACGAGGAUGAGGUCAACGAGCAAGGUGAGCCUUGCUACCGGGUGCAGAGUUCGCUGCGGAUCAACGGGUUGGUCAACGCCGUAACUAUUGGAGCCAACGCCAUGGAUCAAUUUUACGUGCAAACAGUGAAUAAUGGACAUACCUACGAGGUGUCCCUUAAGUCUGACAACACACUCAAGGUGGAGCGAACUCAUGUGCAGUUGUCCCAGCCGGCUGACCAGAUCGAGUGGUUCACCAUCAUUAGCGACUCCACAGGUGGUCUCAUCACCCUUCGCAAUCAGCAACUCCUCCAUAUGGACGGCCAUCGCAUUGCGGAGGACGUCACUUCCUUCUGCGUGGUGGGCAACUAUUGGCUACACCCAGCUGAAUGCGAUGCAUUCGUUCGCCUCAAGGAUCGUCGCCAGGUGGCAAGCCGGAACAUCGAACGCGGCAAGCUGGUAACGGCAGUGGCCAGUGAGGCCCGUGUCGUGCUGCAGCUUCCGCGCGGCAACCUGGAGGCCAUUUGCCCGCGUGUACUCGUCCUGGAGUGUGGCGCUCUGCUCGGAAGGAAGCAAUACCAGGCGGCCAUGCAGAUGCGCAAGCAACGCAUUAACCUUAACAUCAUCUGCGACCACAAUGUGGAGCAGUUCGUGGCUAAUGUCGACGUCUUCCUGCGCGAGAUCAAGCAAAGUCAGUGGCUCUUGUUCCUUAGUGAGUUGCAAAACGAAGAUUUCGCCAAGGGCAUGUACUCAAGCAACUAUGAGGCGGGAAAGCAGGCCUAUCCCUCGGACUAUAGAGUGGAGCAAAAGGUGGAGUACGUGUGCCGACUGCUGGGACAGCGCAUGGAUCAGGCCACUCGUCCGGAGGAUGUGGAGCGCUUCCGGCUGCCUGUUAUCACUGCCUAUGUGAAGUUGGGCCGCUUGGAACAGGCUCUCCAGUUGAUUUGGCGGGAGAAGCAGGCGGAUUGCCUGGCAGAUCAACUGCUGAAAUAUCUUCUCUAUUUGGUGGACGUCAACGAUCUGUAUAACGUGGCCCUAGGCACCUACGACUUUGGACUCGUACUCUUCGUGGCCCAAAAGUCGCAGAAGGAUCCCAAGGAGUUCCUGCCCUAUCUUAACGAACUGAAGGCUUUGCCCACAGAAUAUCGCAAGUUCCGGAUCGAUGAUCAUCUUAAAAAGUACGCCUCUGCCUUGUCACAUCUUGCUGCUUGUGGAGAGGAGCAUUACGAGGAGGCUCUGGAGUUCAUCAAGAAGCAUGGCCUGUACAGUGGCUUGGCAUGCUAUCGGGAUCACCUUGAGUUCCACAAGAGCAUCUGCGUGGCCUAUGCAGAUCAUCUUAGAGCCAACGCCAAGCUGGAUAACGCCAGCCUCAUGUAUGAGCGUGGCGGUCAGUUGCAACAGGCAUUGCGCAGCGCCAAGCACACUCUCGACUGGCAACGCGUGCUGGUGCGCAAAAAACUGGGCGAACCUCUGGAUCAGGUGGCCCAGUCGUUGGUUGGACCGCUGCAACAGCAGGGCCGCCAUAUGGAAGCUUAUGAGCUGGCAAAGGAGCACGGCGGGGAUCGUGAGCGGCAGUUGGAAGUGCUGCUGGAUGGUCAUCUCUACAGUAGAGCCAUUUACGAGGCGGGCCUAGAGGAGGGUAAUGCCCUGGCAGAGAAAAUUGCUCCCGCCUUGCUAGCCUAUGGUGCUCAAUUGCAAAACUCAUUGCACGCCGACCUGCAGCUGUUCCUGGAGUACAAGCAGCGCUUGUUGGACAUCCGCCAGAGACAGGCAAAGUACGGCGAGGGGGAUAACGAUGCGGAUGUGGAUCUGGAGGAGGUGGACCUGCUCUCGGACACCACCAGCAUGCACUCCUCGCGAUACAGCGGCACCUCACGAGGCACCGGCAAGACAUUCCGCUCAAGCAAAAACCGACGCAAGCACGAACGCAAGCUGCUCAGCCUGAAGCCGGGCAACCCCUUCGAAGACAUCGCGCUCAUCGAUGCGCUGCACAACCACGUCACGAAGAUAGCCCAGCAGCAGCUGUCUGUGCGUGAUACAUGCAAAGCGUUGCUACAGCUCGCCAGCGCGGCGGAUGCGGAUCCCCUGGCGGCGGCACUGCAGCGUGAAUUCAAGACUCUGCUGCAGGCGGUGGAGGCGGCGCUGGACGAGAUCUGGACGCCUGAGCUGGUGGGCAGUGGAUCGAUGGCGCAGCACCUCACGGGACCCAACGUUGACUAUCUAGCGCUGCAGAAGGAGCAGCGAUACGCUUUGAUAAGUCCUCUGAAGCGCUUCAAGCCGCAACUGAAUCUGAUGGACUGGCAGCACGAGAUCCUCCAGUGAGUCAUCAUCGGAUGGAUCAUUGGAUUUGCGUGCAGCUCUCAUCCUCCUCCGAUCUGUAAUCGCCUCACCCAUCCAUCUGUUUACUUUCACUGCUCUGGAAAUAAAUGUAGCAUUGAAAUGCAAAUUGAA